CAGUAUCAUUUCCUGAACACUGGACUCUUCAUGGGAAGUCCUGCCCCCAGAGUAAAUAACACACACACACACACAGGCAGCAAAGCUUGUAGAUCAUCAAAUCAACUUCUCACACGGAUCUACAGGGACAUCGAGCACCAGAAAAAUAGAGAUUACAUUUAUUUAAAAACACCAGGGAUACCAUGGUUCGAACAUUGAACAAUAUGGCGGAGCUGAGAGGUUCUAGGUUUGGUCGUCCCUGGCCGAGGCACGGACUCAAGCUCCUUUUCUGGUUCGCCAACGAUUACAUCGUCUUUGACGACGACAACCAGAUGUUUGCAAAUUACGACCCCGAAGAGGGAGACUUCGGUUUCCAUCACUUCCGCAACAGACUUGAGUGUGAAAACAAUGUCUGCAAGAGGCUGCUUCCUGAUGAUGGCUACCCAUUCUAUGAGGUGGGCAACCUCCACCUCACAGCAUCUGAUUCCAUGCCUAAUUAUGUCAGGCAGUACAACACUGGUAACAUAGAUACCAGCAACAUGGACCGUCUCAUCAUCAGUAUGCGUCCAGACAUGACAGUGGAUAAGGUCUAUGUGACCCAGCACGAGGACCUGAGGAACUUCGACCCGGUCAACACCUAUUGCAUCAGCAGGGGGUUGCUCAUGAUCAUGUGCGGCCAUUCAUCCGCGGACAUGUCAUUGGGGUACUUCCUGGAACAGGCGGGCUAUUCCACCCACGAACCAAUUUCAAUUAUGUAUCAGGGCAUCGCCCCCAGGGAGUCUAGGGAUACCAAGAUUAAUAUAGAAGUUGAAUCCAGAGCUCCGCCCAGAGCUGCACCAGGCUUCUGGGAAAGCUACUGUACCAUACUGUAACCAGGCUUCUGGGAAAGCUACUGUACCAUACUGUAACCAGGCUUCUGGGAAAGCUACUGUACCAUACAGUAACCAGGCUUCUGGGAAAGCUACUAUACCAUACUGUAGAUCAGUGUCCUUUAGUCCUGGUUCUGGGGACCCUGAAGGGGGGAACUUUUUAGUUUCUUGCCCCAGCACAUUGCAGUUCAUUAUGGUAUGUUAAUUUUCACUAAUACAUUUAGUCGUUUAUCAGACACUCUUAUCCAGAGUGAGUUCAGUGCAUUAAACUAAAGGCAGAUAAACAACAACAUCCUGUAUCACAUAGGAAGUCAACUGUUUCUGUUACCAUUACUGAGAGGGUUGUUGCUGUUGGGGUCUGCUAUUGGCUAAUGUACUUCUGUAUGUUAAAAUACAAAAUACAUGCAUUUUAAUUAAAUACAUGAAAAUACA